GCAGUAAGUGUCAACGAAGAAACUAAACAAAAUGCUUCACGUUCGAACUAUUCGCACUAAAUGAACCUUAUAUUUCAUUAUUAAAUCGCCAUGACACCAGCAUUGUCUAAAUAUUUAUCCAGCGGACAGUUUUUGUCUACUUUCAAAUGCUAUGCGGGUAGUAUUUGGCCCCGUGCCGCUUACAUAACCUUUCGAAACUACAGCAAAGAGGAGAAGUCUAUUUACGAGCAAGAUGAAGAAGGCAAAAAGCCUCGUAUGGCUUAUGGGAAACCCUACCCCGAUUGGCGCACUCCUUGGAUUGAACGAGAUGGAGAAUGGAAAACAAAACUAGCAAUUUUCAAUCGGAAAAAUCCAAGCCCUGAGAUAAUGAACGCCUUGCAAAACUUGCCCAAAAUGGACUUCAAACAAGUUAUAGAUUGGUGGAAGAGUAUGAAAGAUGUGCAGGAAUUACAAAACCAGAAAUUUUUGCCUGAGCGAGUCAUCACUCUUGGAUCUAACUUAGCAGCAGUGCACUUUUUUACAUAUCGAAAUUGUGCAGUCAGGUUAAAAGGCUCCAAGGAUUGGAUUGUGGGUUCAAUACUAGACUUGCAUCUGCCUAAUACAUUUACAGAGGGAUACCAUGUAGAAGCAGUUGACUGCAGUAAUUUUCAUCACAACGGGAUCAGAUAUGAAGGCAUAGAGAACCUUAACGGACUCAAAUUUCUGAAAUGGUUGUCCCUCAAAAACCAAAAACACAUUGAUGUGUGGUGUCUAGAUAGAAUAGCAGGACAAAAUGGUGAAACACUGGAGUACUUGGACAUAAGUGGAUGUAAACUAGACAUUGGUUGCAUUUUUGCUCUAGCAAGGAUGUAUGCCCUCAAAAUGCUUGUUAUAACGGAUCCUGGAAUUGAUAACAUAGAGCUGCAAGCUGGAAUAUCAUUCUUGGAAAAUGAAAGACCAGAGUUGGUAAUAAAAUUAGAGGCCAUAUCUCAACCAGAAGCAGAUAACAAAAUUGCACCCACCAGGUAACCUCAACUAUAAGUCCAAGCAUCUUGUUAUGGAAGAAGCACAAAAAAUAAAUUAAUUAUGUUACCUACUUUU